AUGUCCUCCCCGAAGCCAAAGCUGCUCUGUCUCCACGGCGGCGGUGCCUCGGCGCAGAUCUUCCAGAUCCAACUCAUCAGACUUCAACGCCUCCUCGACGCCCGUUUCGAACUGGUUUUUCUCGAUGCUCCGAUUGAGACGGAAGCAGGGCCCGGCGUGCUGCCGGUCUUUGAGGGAUGCGGGCCUUAUCGGCGCUGGGUUAGCGACGACCCCGCGAUCCCGGCGGAUGAGUUCCAAGCGCAGAAGGACCGGGCCGUGUCAUUCCUCAAGUCGUAUGUGAAGGAAAACGGGCCGUUUGCUGGAUUCAUCGGCUUCUCACAAGGCGCCCGUGCUGCGUCGAGUCUGCUUCUUGAGCAGCAGCGUGAGCCUUUCGUCGACUACAAGCUCUUCGCGCUCUUCAUCUGCGGCACUUUCCCGCCGUUCGUGCCGCAUGAGGAGAAGAUUACUGCGCCGACGAUCCAUGUCAUUGGAUUGGAGGAUCCGUACGAAUCAGCCAGCGAGGAUCUUUAUGAGAUGUGUUCCGACAAGGUCACGCGGAGGAUUUUGAGGUUCCCGGGAGGUCACCACCUGCCUACGGAGCCGGACACGAUCCAGCACAUGGCGAACAUGGUUUCGAGUGUGUACAGGGAAACAACGAGGAAAUGA